AUGAUCGAUAUUCAGAUUAACGGUGCGUUCGGUAUUGAUUUGAGUGAAUUUACCGAUGAAAAAGCGUACGUAGAUGGGUUUAAGAAGAUGAGUGAGGGGUUAUGUCAGAUUGGAGUAACGGGUUUUCUGCCUACGAUAAUUUCCCAAACGAAAGAGAACUAUCACUCGAUCGUACCUCUCCUUAGGACUUUACCCACCGUUUCAAUCUCGCAGGAAUGUCAAAGUAGGUCAUUGGGAUAUCACCUCGAAGGACCUUUCAUCCAUCCAAAGAAGUCGGGCUGUCAUCCUACCUCGAACCUGAUCACUGCUCCUAAGGGGUUGCAAUCAUUGGUCGAGACAUAUGGUGAAGACAGUUUCGUUAGAGGUAAUGAAGAUGCAUUAGUAAAAAUGAUUACGGUCGCUCCUGAUGUUGAAGGUAUAUUGGAAGUUAUCCCCGAACUGGUAGUUAGGGGAUGGAAAGUAAGUUUGGGACACACUAACGCGUCCACCGAACAAGCUCUUCAAGGAGUGACCAAUGGAGCUACUUUGCUCACUCACCUGUUCAACGCUAUGCCUCCGUUACAUCACAGAGAGCCAGGUCUAAUUGGGUUACUUGGCUUACCACCCACUUCCUCGAGUGGACAGACUGUCAGGCCAAGUAUGGCACAGAGGGUGUACUCUGUCUCUCCCACUCCUAUGAUCAGAUCUAAAGCCCCUACUAGGGUGCCUUCGCCGGUCCUAGAGACUGAGCAAAACCUUCUGCAAGUAGACACUUGCAGUGGCGAUAAUGGGAUCAAGAGAUGUACCGGAGGUAAGAUGGGAUGCAAGGCAAAAGACCUCUCAGUGAACACUGAUAGAUGCGUCAAUGGGGGUUGCGAAGACGAAACUGGCGAUUAUGUCUAUAUCCAUUCUGGGAAGAAAUCGAAGAAUCACCUGAACCUCAGCUUGAAGUUGGACGACUUAAGUGUACAAGCUAAUGAUGGAAGAGACACCUCUUCACCUGAGAACAGCGAAUCAGCUCGGUCGGAUGGUCAUCCUCCUUUAGUUUCAGAGGGAGGAGAUGGACAAGAUGGAUCCAUCGUCAAAAGACCAUAUUUCUCAAUCAUAGCUGAUGGGAUCCACGUCCAUCCCCAAGCUGUGAGUAUGGCUUAUAACGCUCAUCCCGACGGAUGCAUAUUGGUUUCUGACGCAAUGCAUAUGCUCGAUCCAUCACUUCCCGACGGUGUACAUCCAUGGCGAGAGCAAUAUAUCGAAAAGCGCAAUGGAGGAAUUACCUUAGCUGGUACAGAUACAUUGGCCGGAUCAAUUUUACCUCUUUCUCAAGCUGUUCUCAACCUCUCGAAGUUCUCCGGUAUACCCCUUUUCAAAGCGGUGGUCUGCGCUACGUAUACACCUGCUAAAGCACUUGGUGGGGAGGUUGAGAAUAUGGUAGGGCUGAGUGUGGAUUGUUGGGCCGAUUUGUGUAUUUGGGACGGAGAGGGAUUGAAAGGGGUUUGGAAAGGUGGGAAUGAAGUCUGGUAUGAAGGUUGA